CGCGGAGUUUAUCAAGUCAAUAGCUCGGCUGUGCUGCGGUUGAUAGCUAGGCCUACUAGAUCUGUUACACGUUGGGCUGCGGAGGAAUACAGAAUGGUGAUUCAACUGGAGCCGAGCCACGCGUGCGAUACACGGUUUUAAGCUUCCGGCCAAUCAGAAAAAAAUGUGCUCACCUACACGAAGAUAUGACUUUUGUAAAAUGGCUGCAAAAGAGCAACAGCAACAUGGUGUCAUACUGGACCAGGAUCAGUUCUGCUGUUCAAUCUGUCUGGACCUUCUUAAAGAACCAGUCACUAUCCAGUGUGGACACAGUUACUGCAGAGGGUGUAUUGAGAUUUGUUGGGACCAGGAGGAGGAGAAGAAGAAGAAGGGAUUUUACAGCUGCCCUCAGUGCAGGAAGAGCUUCACUCCCAGACCUGUUUUUUAUAAAACCAACAUGCUGGCUGAGGUUGUGGAGAAGCUGAAGAAGACAGACGGCCAGGAGGCUGCUCCCUCUGCUGCUCUUGCCCAUGCUGGCCCAGCAGAUGUGGCCUGUGAUUUCUGCACAGGGAGCAGACCCAACAAAGCCUCUAUGUCCUGCUUGACCUGCAUGGCCUCUUACUGUGCAUCUCACCUCCAGCCUCACUACAGCAUCCCUGUGUUACAGAGGCACAAGCUGGUGUCAGCCACGGCCCCGCUGCAGGACAAGAUCUGCUCUAAACAUGACAAGCUGAUGGAGAUCUACUGCAAAACAGACCGAAUGUGUCUGUGCUAUCUGUGCACUAUUGAUGAGCAUAAACACCAUAAUACAGUUUCAGCUGCAGCAGAGAGGGGUGAGGAAGAGAAACAGCUGGUUGCAAGUCAACAUAAAGUCCAGCAGAGAGCUCAAGAAAGAGAGGGCGAGGUGAAGGAGCUAAGCCAGGCUGUGGAGGAUCUCAAGUGUUCUGCCCAGACUGCGGUGCAGGCCUGUGAGAAGAUCUUCUCUGAGCUGAUCUCCUCCUUCCAGAGGAGAUGCAGUGAGGUGAAGCAGCGGAUCAGAGACCAGGAACAGACUGCAGUUGAUAAGGCUGGAAACAUGCUGCUGCAGCUGAAGGAGGAGAUCGCCAAGCUGAGGAGGAGAGACACUGAACUGGAACAGCUGUCGCAUGAUGCUGACCACAUCCACUUCAUUCAGGCUUUCCAGUCUCUCUGCAGUCCCUGUGAAUCUGUAGACUUGUCUGUAGUUGUUUAUCCUCUCCGUUACUUCAGAGAUGUGAGUGACUCCGUGUCUGACCUGAGAAUCAAACUGGAGAGGAUCCUGAAGGACACAUGGCCUGGGAUCUGUAGCACAGUGUCUUCAGUAGAUAUAUUGCUGCCACCAGAGCCAAAAACCAGGGAUGACUUUUUACUCUAUUGCUGUCCUCUGACUUUUGAUGUGAACUCAGCCCACCAUAACCUCUUUCUGUCCAAUGAAAACCGGAAAGUGAUGAAGACAUCCACUGAGACAGUUUAUCCUGCUCACUCAGACAGGUUUACUGAGGUUAGCCAAGUGUUGUGCAGAGAGGGUUUGUCAAGGCGAUGUUACUGGGAGGUGAAGUGGGAUAUUAUGGGGACUCUGUCUGUAGCGGUGUCAUACAAAAACAUCAGCAGGAUGUCAGGAAGCUCAAAAUUUGGAAGUAAUGCCCAGUCCUGGAGUUUACAGCACUCUCUGAAUGGUUACUGUUUCCGACACAAUAAUGCAGAAACAAAAGUGUCAGGCCAUUGUUCUUACAAGGUCGGGGUGUACCUGGAUUAUCAGGCAGGGACUCUAGCUUUUUAUGAUGUUUCUGGCACGAUGACCCUGCUCCACAAAGUCAAGACCACCUUCACUCAGCCUGUCUAUCCUGGACUGGGACUGACAGGGCAAAGUUAUUAUUAUUCAUCACCUUCUGCAGAACUGAUUAAGUUAUGGUAACAAAAGAAAAGAAAUUUGUCAAGUCUUUUUCAUUGCAGGGUGGGUCAGGUUGAUACACUUCUGACAGUGGCCUUUCAGUAAAAAAUAGUUCAUGGCUUGUCAGUGUUGUCUGCAACUGAUAUCACAGAGGUGAGGAUGUGAUUGAACUCAACAGCUUCAGGGGUGGUGGUCUGUAAAACCUGCAGUGAAACCUGCCUGAAAACCUGAGGAAAAACACAGGAGAAUUUAGACUUUAAAUGGAGGAUUUUGAUGUAUUUGAAGUUUGUUUGUUCUUUUUUUUUUUUUUUUUUUUUUUUCCGAACCCUACUAGCAUUGUAAAUUACGCAGAAUAUACAAAAUGCUUGUAAUUUGAGUUUCUGGCUUGAAUGUGGUCAAAUGUAAAUUGAGAAUAUCAACACAAAAUAUUGAAUAAAAAUAUCAGUACUGGCACCAGCCUUCAAAAAUCCUAUUGGUCAUAUUGAAGCUGUGAACAAACAAAUAUGGUUUCUAAGUAGAAAAGGCAGAACUGCCUUCAGAGACAAACAUGUCUUGUAAAUGGUUUGUUUUUACUUGUUCAAUUUAGCUUCAGAUGGGAGCGGAAGUCAAGUUAGUCAAAGUUAGUUUUUCUUUUUUCUUGCUGUUAGAGUGAAAUUUUGCUCUGUGAGAAAACCGAGUUUAUAUUACAAAGGAGAAACUUGAAGCAUGCUUAUUUUCACUUUUUUACGCUAUGGAGCACUGUAGUCUACAGAAGAGGAUUUGUAAUGUUGAAACAAAUAAAUGACUGAAUAAAUGAAUGAAAUGUAAAUGAAUGAAAUGUAAGAUGAUUCUUUCUUUGCCAGAACCCUGCUAGGAGGGCAAAGUCUUGAAACUGGUAUGACAUGACGACAUUUGGGAAUGCAUAAUUGGAUGUGGUUUAGGUUGGGGGUAGGAUAAGGGGAUAUUCCUGGAGAUGUUUUGGGCACAAUACCCUUUUUUCCUGACUUAGCCAGAAUGAGACAAGAUGUUGAAUACUAUUUUCAUCACUGUACAUCCAGUGGUUUGGUUCCUAUGGGAAGCGUUUUUGUGUUGUGCUUAGCGUAAAGACUUGAAAUCUAUGAGAGUCAAUAGCCUAGCUCCAUCAAAAUGAAGAAAAAAAAAAAAAAAACUUUCUAACAACUCUGAAGCAGUUUGAUUUACACAGUCUAUCAUGUAUUUGAAAUAUUUGUCUGAGUUUACACAAUGGCAUUUUAAUACCAGAG